AUGACUGGAUCCUCCUCCUCGGCUGGAAAGCCUGAGAAGAUCAUGUCGUCAAAUCUCUUAACCAUGAAGUUCAUGCGACGCGCUGCAGCUUCAAAGGAAACCCAGAGCCCUUCCCCUGCUGCCACUUCGCGCAAUUCCAAGCGUCCCCGUCUCUCGACCGAAGCUGAAAGUCCUCCUACCUCAGAUAUGGAUGCGAUCGCAGCUGCGCUUGCGGCCGAGGAAGAAAAGAGACAGCAGGCUGUCGCACGAGCGGCCGCGGAAGCAGGUGAAACGCACUGGGUUUUGGAUGUUCCAGCUGCCCCCCAAUCCACUCGACAACCUAUGGUCUUAGCAGCAGACUCGCUGGAUGCAGAUGAUGAGGAUUAUUCCGGUGGACGUCGGUCAUAUGGCAACUUCAAGCGCAAAGAGCGCCAGAUACAAUCUGCACCCAGCAAGGAGGGCAAUGAGAAUAAAGACCCCAUUGUCAACCCGGCAAGUACACAGGAUGUUGACAACAUGCUCGAUCAAGCCAGGGCUAGGGAAGAAGCCAAGGCGAGAAUAACACCGCCGAAGCUGUCUCAACUUACCAGUAUCUCUGGAACUGGCCGAGUGGCCAUGAUGGGAGCCCCGUCCUCUGACAGAAAGAAGAAGAAGAAGCGUAAGAGUUACUGA